AUGUUGGAACGCGGAAAUAGGCACUCAUCAAGCGGCGCGACUAUUAUCUCGAACAAAUCGGCCAUAGAUUCAGAUCCCAUGAGUUUUGCCGCCCUGGAGGAAGAGGAUCCCUACCUCCCAAACCUCUGGAUUCGUGAUGUGAAUCUCACAGACGAUCAGGAGCUCGUCAUGGAGCAUUUAAUCGCACAUCUAAAUCACCCUCGCGUGGUGUCACUUCAAGCCACUGCUAACGCUCUCAACGCGCUGAUGCCAUGGAAGACCGUGCCAGAACACCAUAUGUCGUUCGACACGACGACGCGUUCUCUGUCUUCCAGCGGUAUGCAGUUGGAGCACCCAGCCGCAAGAGUGAUGCGAGAGUUCUGGUGCAUAUUCUUCGACGUCGCGAAGAAUAUACCCUACUGGCAUCCUGCCCAAAAGAGACUCCAGAACCUCAUCAAGAAGCUGGCAGACCUCUGCGAUGCAGAUGUGAAGGUGGAGAAGAAGGAGUGGAUGACUCGCGAAGGCGAUGGUCCUGAAACACUGGCAUCCCUUUUGCCGUCUCACAUGGCGGGAGCCCUUGCCGAGUGCUUCAUGGCGUCGGCCGCGGAGUGGAUGAAAUUUGCUGCGCAUCUCUUGUGGCAGCAGGCGCUCGACUGGGACAACCCCGCAAGUGACAAGUCCGGGAAGAACUCGUCCUACAUCUGGGACUUGGGCUCGCCAACCGGUGUCAUGUACGGAGGGGAGUCGGGAAUGCACAUGGAUCGGUGGAUGUAUUGGCACGCCACGUUCCGCAAUAUCAUCAAGAAGUGCAGCAACCUAGAGGAAGCAAAGCUGGUGGUUUACUAUGCGCAGGUAUCGAAGACUGCCAUGGACCGAGUUAUGGGGGCGCCGGAGCCUAACACGGUUGGAGGUGACCUUUCAAAGAAAUUGAAGAGCGAAGUAAGGGGCUAUCUGACUAGCGAGGAUCUCAUUGCGAGGGGUAUUGCUGGUAUUCGCCUUGGUAUUCCCGGUACUUCGGAAUAUGACGCUGUUGAUGACGUGAUUGAGGGUAUUGCUAGUCUCACCCUUGAGGCUACUGUGUUCAAAGAAGAGGCCUUUCGAAGCGAAACGACUUCAAGCAAGAAAUCCAACGUGAAGACCGAAGCGGUUGCCAAGGGCAAGCUGGUCAUCAAGAGCGAAGUCUUGGAUUGA